CUCUUACUUACUUAUUACUUAUUACUUAGAUCUAGUACUUAGUCUAGACUCUAGAUCUAGAAUAUCAAGAUCAAUUAUUAAUUUUCAUUUAUUGACAACAGAGAUGUGAUGUCAUGGCAAAUCAGGUCAGAAUUCUUGUGCACUUAAAAACAAAGUUUGAUUCUAGCCUACAAAAAGCUAAAUUUUCUGAAUGUAUCUUAUCCCAGUUUGGAUUUACAGAAAGUUUUGGUCAUGUGCACAUGCAGUUGACUGACAACAAACUUGUACUCAGUGAUACAAAGAUAGAUGAGGAUGUAAUGAUUCCAAUUAAGCAUCCAUCAUUUUGCCCAAUUCACCAUUUAAAACCUGAAGACGCAUCACAACUACCUAAAGAAAUAUUAUCUCGUGGGGUUGAUGUUGGAGCAGCCGUUGUUCUUGAGUCAUGUGACAGAAAGGUUCUCCUCACACGUCGGGCUCAACACCUUCAGAUAUUUCCUGGCAUUUGGGUACCACCAGGGGGCCAUGUAGAAGAAAAUGAAACAUUAAUUAAUGCAGGUCUACGAGAACUGAAGGAAGAAAGUGGCCUUGACCUUAAACCAAGUGACUUUACAGAUCAAAAAGUCAGGAUUUUAGGUCUAUGGGAGUCAGUGUUUCCACCAAUGUUAGCAGUGGGCUUGCCGAGACGCCAUCAUGUGGUUGUGUAUUUCCAUGUCCAGCUGAAAAGUGGAUUAACAGCAGAUGUCAUGGAAAAACUGAUCCAUUUUGAUCCCAAUGAAGUUGAUGCAAGUGCUUGGAUUGACAGGGAAACAGUUACAGCCAUUGCUAACUCUUAUGAUGAGAAUCCAAACACUGACCCACCAAACAUUCCUGCUACCUUCAGAGCUAUAAUACUGGACAAGAAUAAAAGACAAUGUAUUACAGAAUUAUCUACAGCUCCACUUUGUAGUGUAAUAUUAUGUGGAAGCACAGACACAGAAAGAGUUAGUACAGGAACUAAAUUUGCAUUGCAGCAAUUUAUAAAAAUAGCUGCUGAAGAUAAAUAAAGUUACUGUGAUCGUAUAUAUUAAAUAUUUUUAAAAUAAAAUACAAAAACAACAGGUUA